AUGAACGACCCAACUUUCUCCCAGUUCUACCCCCAGUCCCAGUCCUUCGAGCCUCAGACCUAUCAUAAGCUCGACAACCCCCCCGCUACCAUCUCCCUCGACGGCAACGAGAACCAGAAGCAAUCCUUCGACUUCUUCUCCUACACCCAGGGCGGCAUCGACGUCGUAGCCCCUCACCCGGACCAGUUCGAACUCGAACUCGACAACUCCCUUGCGGCCUUCGACGCGGAGUUGAGCCUUCUCCCCGUCGACACAGCCGACUUCUCCUUCUAUCGCUCCACCACCCCGACCUUCGGUCCGCCGUCGACCUUCACCGUCUCGUCUGAGUCGGUGUCGGGUUAUGAUUCUGUCUACAACGACAGUAUCUCCAGUCGUUCUGAAAGCUACUAUAACUUCAACCCCAACGCCCAGGGCAAGUCUCCCACGUCCAACUACGCUCCUAGCGUCUACUCCCUCACCCAAGAGCAACUCGACAUGGAGUUCCAGCGCAUGGCCAUGCCCGCCGGCGAAGAUCCCAACUCCUUCGGGGCCCUCCCUAACUCGUCCUCCGUUCGCUCGUCGCCGAACAGCGUCCCCAACAUAUCCCAGUACUCUCCCGCCUUCUCUUCCCCUCGCGGGUCCUUCUCGGACUACGAGCCCACCCAACCGCAGCAAGUCCGUCUCGGCUCCUCCGCCUCGUCUGACUACUACCCGUCGGCGCAGGUGCAGAUCAACAAGUACGCGAACAUGCCCGGCCGUAUCGUUCAGCACCCCCGCUCCACCGCCAGCGUCUCCCCUCAGCUGUCGGCCAUGUCCCACCCCUCCGGCAUCUCGCACCCGUCGCUCGCCGCUCAGCGUGCCAAGAUGGAGGCCUUGCACGAUGACCCGAAGCGCAAGUACCAGUGCCCGACGUGCCCUCGUGCGUUUGCCCGCGCGUACAAUCUCAAGACGCACAUCCAGACGCACGACCCCAACCGGCUCAAGCCUUACUCCUGCCUCCACAAAUCGUGCGGCAGGUCGUUCAGCCGCAAGCACGAUCUCACCCGUCAUAUGGUCUCGAUCCAUCGCGCCGAGUCCGUGACGUCGCUCUCGGCCAACACGCGCCCCAUCGGCAUCGAGGGUGGCCACCGGGAGUGGUGCGACUCGUGCGGUCGUAGCUGGAUCGACGACGGCAAGGACAAGGGUUGCGACUGCAACGACAUCAAGUAG